AUUAAGAAAAACAAAAAAAACUACAAAAAUAUAAAUUUUUCUUUUUAAUUUUAAUAAAACAAAAAAAUAAAACAAAAAUAAAACAAUGAGAUGCACAAACGUGUCCAUAUUAUUAGCCUUGGUGAUGGUGUUUGUCACGCAGAUGGUGUUGGCAGAUGAUGUAACACCAAUUCCAGAGGCCAAAGUUCAAGUGGAGCAGUGGUUCAAGACCAACGUAGCUCCUUUGCCUUCGCGUAAAGGUCUAGAUCCUGCUCUCGUAGCUGCUGAGGCUGAGCCACGUACCAUCACCGUGGAUCCAAAGGGAGGUGAAUUCAAAACACUAACGGACGCAAUAAAGAGCGUUCCUGCAGCGAACACAAAGCGUGUGAUCAUCAAGAUAGCCCCUGGCGAAUACAGAGAGAAGGUCACCAUCGACAGAAACAAACCCUUCAUUACAUUGAUGGGAGAUCCCAAGGCCAUGCCGGUUAUUACUUUCGACGGUACUGCCGCAAAGUUUGGUACCGUAGAUAGUGCCACACUCAUUAUCUUAUCCGACUAUUUCAUGGCUGUCAACAUCGUCGUUAAGAAUACAGCGCCGGCACCGGAUGGUAAAGCGAAGGGAGCACAAGCUUUAUCUAUGAGAAUCUCUGGAAACAAGGCUGCUUUCUACAACUGUAAAUUCUACGGAUUCCAAGACACAAUUUGUGACGAUACCGGAAACCAUUUCUUCAAGGAUUGUUACGUCGAAGGGACAUUCGAUUUCAUCUUCGGAAGCGGGACCUCUCUUUACUUGGGUACACAAUUGCACGUGGUGGGAGAUGGCAUUAGAGUGAUAACAGCGCAUGCGGGAAAGACCGCAGACGAGAAGACCGGAUACUCUUUCGUGCAUUGCAAGGUGACUGGAGUUGGUCAAGGAAUCUAUUUGGGUAGGGCAUGGAUGAGCCACCCUAAGGUUGUCUACGCCUACACCGAGAUGACCAGCGUAGUCAACCCAUCUGGAUGGCAAGAAAACAAGAUAGCCGCACAUGACAAGACCGUGUUCUAUGGAGAGUACAAGUGCGUAGGAGAAGGAGCACAGACAGACAAGAGAGUUCCAUUUACACAAAAGAUUGACACUACUGUAGCUAACCGUUUCCUUACCCUCGGCUACAUUGAAGGAUCCAAGUGGCUUCUCCCACCUCCCGCUGUUGCGGCUUCAAUAUGAAUCUAGUUUAAAACUAAAAACUAUAUACGUAUAUACUUAUUCACCGAGAGAAUGUAUAUCGGUGUAUUUUUUGCUAUUUGCGUUGGUUAUAUUUUUCCAAGAGUCCUCUCUUCUUAGAUGAGACUUGCGUAAUUUUGGUUUCAUUACGAUAAUUCAUAACCCUUGUAUCUUGUCCUAGGGGUCCCAGUUCCCUUUAAUUAAUUAUAUAUUAUUAUUAUGAUUGAAAGAUCGUAUUAAUUU